AUGGCCUGGCUUCCUUCCGUGGUGGGAUUGCUGAUUCUCGCAGCAGCAAGAGUUAUAGAGGCAGGCUCCUGUAAUUCGCUAAUGGUCGAUCCCAACCCACAAACUCCUACGACCAAUUUACUUGGCGGAAAAGAUGUAUUCAACACGGGAAACGCAUCCUUCUCCCAAAAUACGGGCUCCUUGGUCUUGACUCCCUCAUCACCCACUUCCAUAUGGACAUCAGCGUUGGAUUCUUUAGGAGGAUGCGUCGACUUGAGCGGAUUCGAUCAUAUCUAUAUGAGAAUUCAACUUCCUACAAAUGGUGCCAGCUUUCUAGUCAAUCUGCUAGUUAGUGACGUGGGAUGUACCGUUGGUGCACCAGUCUCCGUGACUGCAUCAUUAGACAUAUCUGUUUACGCUGGAUACAUAUCGGCCAACGUUUACGAUGUGAAUCUACCAUUAUCUAAAUUCCUGACACCGAAUUCCAUGUCGGCAUUGUCUAGGAUUCAAGCCAUUCAGUUUUCAAUGUUUAGCAACGUCGAUAUGAAUGGAGCAUACCCAUACAGUCUGAUCGACUUCCAGGUGCAGGCUGGACCAGUAGGAUGUGCUGUAAACGCAAUCCUUGCUAGCCCUGUAAAUUCACCUAAUAUUACCGGCAUACUGGCUACCAGUACAUUAUACGUGACUCCAAGUCCAACUGUCGCAAAAAAUACCAAAAGCACUCAAACACCAGUGGCAACUUUACCGGCAGUCACACCUUUACCCUGUGGAACAGUUUUGGAACUUGAUCCCAACCCAGAUAGCACCAGUUCGAAUUUAUUGGGAGGUCCAGACAGCAUUAGCGAUGGACAAGUUGUACAAGGAUAUUCUAAUGGGAAUAUUGUUAUUGAUUUGCUGCCGGCAGCAAGUGAUGCUAUUUACACGACUGCCUUCAACCCUGGAUCUGUCUCUGCUGAUUUGAGACAAUACUCGUAUCUCAAAUACUCGGUAGAGCUUCCAAACGCUGGAGCUACCUUCCAGCACGGUUUCACCAUGAACCAAUACCCAAACACAACAUCUGCCGGAGCCACGGCAUACACGAUUGACAAUUAUGCCACAACGUACUUUGAUUUCCUCCCGUAUGCUAUUCAAACGGGCUCUACGACAUACGACGUCAGUAUCCCAUUGAGCAGUGUGUUGGGAUGGAAUUUGAUUCGAAUGCGUGAAUUUAUUAUUCUUAAUUUCAACCCGACGAAUUACGCCCCAUAUAUGCUCUCCAAUGUCAGACUAGAGUCUGCAUCAUGCUAUACCUCAACAACAGUGGCUCCAACACCAACAGGACUACCAUCAGCACUUACAGCAACUGCAACACCAUCUGGCACAGCCUCUCCUGUUUCUUCUGUAACUCCAUCUGCUGCCGUCAAGAUUCUCGCUUCACCUACUCCAUCGUGCAACAAGCUGGUGAUUGAUCCGAGUUGCAAUAAUUGUUCUGCUGCUGCUCCUGGUUCGACAACUACCAAUUUACUUGGUGGAAUGGAAACCAUGGGUGCUACUGGAACUGCAUCGCUGAUUUACGGAAGUACGAAUGGAACGGCCUCAUUGUCUUUGAAUGUUGCCAAGUAUCCAUCUUACUGGAGCACACUUUUAACCCCAGGCGGUUUAUGUUUCGACGUGACUCCAUACAGCACUCUCCGAUACAUUAUUCAAGCACCAGCAGCUGCAACAUGGAUGCACGGCUUCGAAUUCGAUACAACUGCAUGUGACGGCAGUACAGAUACAGGAACCGGGGUGACGCAAUAUGUCACUGCGUCAUCAUACCUCGUUCCAUACGGAAACAUUACCAACACUUAUAUUGCUUCGAUACCAUUGUCGACUUUAAUUCAACCAAAUUCCAAGAUGGUUCGAGUCAAAAAGUUUAGUUUGCUCAAUUUCCAGCCUACUGGACAAUACGUAAUUUCAUAUUUGGGAUUAGAAGCAUCAUCGUGCCCAGCGCCGGUUGUGCCAUCCCCAGCUCCAUCAGUCGCUCCAUCACCGGUAAAACUCCCAUCAGCAGGUCCAUCUCCAACAGCUCAACCUUCAUCAGUUGCAUCGCCGUUCGUCGCUCCAGCUGUUAUGCCAGCAUGCAGUGGGGUGCUUACACCGCUCACACCUUCUCAAUCCUUUGCAACCUCAUUAUUGGGUGGUGGUCAAGGAAUUGGUGUGGGAACCGGUGUUUUGACAGGUGGAAAGAUUGUUCUUACUCCUGGAGCAAACGACUACUUUUAUUCGUCACUCUACCCAGCCGGUAAAUGUUUCGACGCCUCACAAGGCUACGCCAUGCUUCGUAUCGGAGUGCAAAUGCCACCAGGAGGAGGCUUCUCAGUUGGGGUCCAACUAUACGAUGCAACAUGUGCCGCGAACGGCGCACUCCACUACUUUGGUUUUUCAACCCAAUUCGGAUUAGCAUCAGGCCAAAGUGGUAUCCUCACAAUCCCUAUAACGCCCGAACUAAGCAACACGGAUCUAACCCGUAUCAAAAACAUUAUAAUCACUGGUUUCGCAUCCACGAAUGCUGGAGCAACGUUUAAUAUCACUGGAAUGCAGUUAGAUGGAUGUGGUGUUACGGGUGGUAGUCCAUGUGCGAGAGAUGUGCUGUUGGAUGAUUUCAGGAUGGCACGUGUGCCUUCGAAUGUUUAUUCGGUGGGAGGCAAGUAUAAUUUGAAUGGAGGAGACUAUUAUGUCGAGACAGGAAAUAUCUUGUUGAAUGCACCUACAUCGGCUGCUCUUGGUAAUGGUACUUGGAUACCUGGUGGUUUGGCUACCCCGUAUCAACCUGAUCCAACUGCCAAUCCUGGAACUGCUCCUACGACGAAUUACCUGUCGCUUCGAUUCGAGCAAUAUGGAUGUUUCGACAUGACGAAUUAUAGAUCAGUCAUGUUUACGAUGCAGGCACCAGCUGGAUUCGAUUCCAACAUCACAUUCACUCAACGAGCAGCCAAUUGUGUUGCUCGAGGAUUCGAUUCUCAGUAUCACAAAUUGUCUGAAUUUGUGACACCAAACAAUCAGGCGCAAACCGUCGAGCUACCUUUAUCUUCGUUUACCAAAAAUUUAAACGGUGGUAACUUCGAUUGGGGACAUACCAGAGAUUGGACAUUCGUAAACGCAAACGGCGGAAACCUCGUCUUUUACAAAACGUGGCUCAAGGGCACGUGUGGUCUCGGAACACCAGUAGCACUAGCUAGCCCCGUAGCCCAAGUAUCACCAGUCGCAGUCCCAACAGGCGCAGCAGGUCCAGCAAUGCCAGCAUGUAACGGCCUGAUAAAUACCAUAACGCCUGGAACAGCAGUAAAUUUAGCAACGCAUGGAGGCCAAGGAUUCGGAUUCACGAAUGGGGGAACAGCUACACAAGCUAAUGGUGUUAUUACAUUGUUGCCUGGAGCGCUAGGAAACUAUUUCUUUAGCAUGCUUGCCAAUACUGGAUGUUUCAAUGCUCAGGCGUAUAAUGUGUUGAGGGUUUCUGUUGCUAUGCCUGUUGGUGGAUCGUUUUCGAUUGCGUUUGAUGUGUAUGCUGCCGACUGUACAACAAUGGCACGAACAGUAUACUUUGACAACACUGCCACAUACGGAGUCCCCGUCGGCGGCACAGGAAUAGUGACGAUCCCUCUCACGCCCCUCCUCGCAAACUCAGACCUCGCAAACCUUAAAGCUGUAGUCAUCAGUGGCUUUACAGCAACCGGAGCAGCAAACCCAUACAAGAUAUUCGGCAUACAGUUUGAUAACUGCCAGUAUAAUCCUGCUGCUCUGACCUAUAACGGACAGACAUGUCAACGGGAUGUGCUUGUAGAUGAUUUCAGAGCUGCGAGACCAGUGACGGGUCCUUCUGGAACUGUUGUGAAGUAUAAUUUACUGAAUGGUGAUUAUGGUGCUGUGGGUGCUACGUGGGCAAUCAACGCUCCUGCUGCUGGAGCUUUUACGGGGACUGGGACGUUGACGAUUGCUAAUCCUGCUAAUCCACCGUAUGCUUCGGACCCGACGUAUAAUCCAUACAUGCCUGCGUCGUAUAACUGGUUCUUUUUCAAAUUUGACCCAGCUGCAUGUUUCGACAUUAGCCAGUACACUGCAAUCAUGUUUACAUACUCAGUAUCUGAUCCAACAUUCUGGGCCAAUAUGACAUUAACACAAAAGGCUCCUGAUUGUACUACUCGUACAAUAGAUUCUCAAUACCACCCCUUCUCCACAUUCACAUCUGGCGCGGCUGCCAUAAAAACAUAUACUCAACCGCUUUCCAGCGUGCCAUACAAUCUCGCUGGUGGAUAUUACGACCGAACACAUCUUAAGGACUUUACAUUUGUCAACAUGCAACCUGCAAAUGCAAAUGUUGUUCUAACUCUGUAUCAAAUAUGGCUUAAAGGGACAUGUUAA